ACAAUACAAAUAUUGAAAGCUCAAAAUAUGAUAACAAUAAUGAAAAAAGCUCAUCUUUUAGAAGAAAAUGAAGAAAAGAUAAAACUAAAAAAAAUUAUAGGAGAUGAGGAAGUAGAUUUAUUUGGAGAUAUA